CGGCCCCAUUGGACAGCCUCACGACCGAAGACUUGGCAUUAAACCCCUCAGCUCGAUGCCUAUUGUGCAGUACCUAGGUAGGGUUAGCUACAUACGCCCAUCAAGCCGCUGCAAGCACGCGACGAAGCAGACACCGCUUUCGCACACCUCCUACGUAUAUUCUUUUGUCGCCAGUCAGCGUCCGCAAGCCUCGGCCCUCCCCUUUGCGACCCGUUGCCACUCUCAGGGUCGUGCGCCUCUCCGCCCCACUAUCACCGCCUCGCGACCUCUCCUCCACAAUCUUCCACGCCCACAGCUCCCGGUAAACAUUCCACCACCGUUUGCCCAUUAUGGAGAACAGCAACCAGGAUGCCGACCAGCAGUCGUACAUGGACAAUGCCAUUCGCGCAGUCCAGCAGAAGAAGCCGGUGCCUGAGAUCGACUUUACCCUGCACACCAUGGAAGACGGCACACAAGUCAGCACUCAGGAGCGAGUCUGCAAAGACGUGCAAGCCCCAGCCUUCCUCCCUCCUACCGACGAGCAAUUCUUCUCGCCCCAAGAUCGCACAAAGCCCAACAUUCAAUUCUUGAAGCAACACUUCUACCGUGAAGGUCGCUUGACCGAACAGCAAGCGCUGUGGAUCAUUAAGAAGGGUGCAGAGAUCCUGAGAUCAGAGCCCAACCUCCUGGAGAUGGACGCCCCUAUUACGGUCUGUGGUGAUGUUCACGGGCAAUACUACGAUUUGAUGAAGCUUUUUGAAGUCGGUGGAGACCCGGCAGAGACACGCUACCUGUUCUUGGGUGACUACGUUGAUCGAGGGUACUUCAGCAUUGAGUGCGUUUUGUACCUUUGGUCACUGAAGAUCUGGUACCCCAACACGCUCUGGCUUCUGCGCGGUAACCACGAAUGUCGCCAUUUGACCGAUUACUUCACAUUCAAGCUCGAAUGCAAGCACAAGUACUCCGAGGCUGUCUACGAAGCCUGCAUGGACGCCUUCUGCGCACUUCCUCUCGCCGCUGUCAUGAACAAGCAGUUCCUGUGCAUACACGGUGGACUGAGCCCUGAGCUCCACACUUUGGAUGAUUUGAAGAGCAUUGACCGGUUCCGCGAACCUCCCACACACGGCCUCAUGUGCGACAUCCUGUGGGCCGAUCCACUCGAGGAGUUUGGACAGGAAAAGACCAACGACUUCUUCAUCCACAACCACGUCCGUGGUUGCUCGUACUUCUUCUCGUACCCCGCCGCGUGCGCCUUCCUCGAAAAGAACAACCUACUCUCGAUUAUCCGUGCGCACGAAGCACAAGAUGCUGGAUACCGAAUGUAUAGGAAGACAAGGACCACUGGUUUCCCCAGUGUCAUGACCAUCUUCAGCGCGCCAAAUUACCUCGACGUGUACAACAACAAGGCUGCUGUUCUCAAGUAUGAGAACAACGUCAUGAACAUCAGGCAGUUCAACUGCACUCCUCACCCAUACUGGCUGCCUAACUUCAUGGAUGUCUUCACAUGGUCUCUGCCUUUCGUUGGAGAAAAGAUCACCGAUAUGCUCAUUGCAAUCUUGAACACAUGUUCUAAGGAAGAGCUCGAGGAAGAGACACCCAGCUCGCUGGCUUCCGGGCCGUCUUCCCCGCAGCCUCUCGCCAACCUGGACCCGGACUCGACGGAGUUCAAGCGCCGUGCUAUCAAGAACAAGAUCUUGGCCAUUGGCCGUCUUUCUCGCGUAUUCCAGGUGCUGCGUGAAGAGUCCGAACGUGUCACUGAGCUGAAGACAGCAUCCGGAGGUCGUCUGCCGGCAGGCACACUCAUGCUUGGUGCGGAAGGUAUUAAGCAAGCUAUUCAUACCUUUGAAGACGCUCGCAAGGUCGACUUGCAGAAUGAGCGUCUCCCACCUAGCCACGAGGAAGUCCGCAAAUCCCAAGAGGUACACCGAGAGCAGGCUCUCGAGAAGGCUACCAAGGAUGCAGAGAACGACAAGGAGCUCGGCAGGGUUGCACGAAGAAUCAGCAUGUAAGUGGUCUCUCUAGUGCACCACAAUUUCCAUACUGACAAAUGCAGGUCUUCUGGGUCAAGGCGAGGCUAGGUGCCAACUAAGCUUUUGAGGCUGAGCGAGUAAACUAGGUUCGCCGAUCUUGGUGUUUGGUCUGGCGUGGACUUCAAUGUUAUCUGCAUACCAUGCUGGCGUUGUGCAAACUGGCGGCGAGACCUAGAGGAAACGACUUUACGAUGUCCGGUAGUAAUUUACUAGCCAAGUGCCGUGCUUUGGACGAGCCGGUCUUUCAUUGAAAAUAUAUCAUCACUUGCACACCGAAUCUGUGGGUUCAACCUGUGUGAGUUCAGCAAACAUAUAUUGGCCCGAGCUUCAGCGGCCCGGAGAUGAACCGAUCCAUCAUGUUCAGCAUCGCAACUCUUCCCCACAGCAAUGCACAUCUU